AUGGCUACCUUCACCUUCCACAGUGAAACUGUUCAAUCAUGGCUACUCCUUAGUAGAAUCCACAUAUUCUUCCACUUAGUGGUUGUGUUGUUCCUCUUUUACUACCGCAUCACUAAUCUCUUCUAUGACAAUAUCAAACCAACUCUACCAUUGAUUCUUAUGACCAUAGCAGAGCUUAUUCUAGCUGUGCUAUGGUUCUUCAACCAAGCCUACCGGUGGCGUCCGGUGUCUCGGUCCGUCAUGACGGAGAAGUUGCCGAGUGAUGGGAACUUGCCGGGGCUUGACAUCUUUGUGUGCACGCUUGACCCUGAAAAGGAACCAACUGUUGAGGUUAUGAACACUGUUAUUUCAGCAAUUGCAAUGGACUAUCCACCCAAUAAGCUCGCCGUGUAUCUCUCCGAUGACGGUGGUUGUCCGGUGACUCUGUAUAGUAUUAAAGAGGCUUCUGAAUUUGCUAAGGUGUGGCUUCCUUUCUGCAACAAGUAUGGGAUCAAAUCAAGGUGUCCCAAGGUUUUCUUCUCUCCUAUGGGAGAAGAUGAACGGCUUAUUCGGACAGAUGAAUUCAGAACAGAGCAAGAACAGAUCAAGGCUAAAUACGAGAAAAUGCAGAAAAAUAUCGAGAAAUUUGGUUCAGACCCUAAAAAUCUUCGUAUAGUGACUGACAGAUCUCCGCGCAUCGAGAUUAUAAAUGACCAAAAGGAAAUGCCACUUGUUGUUUAUGUGUCUCGUGAAAGAAGGCCAUCACUUCCUCACAAAUUCAAAGGGGGAGCCCUCAACACAUUGCUCAGAGUAUCGGGUCUAUUAAGUAAUGGACCAUAUGUGCUUGCAGUGGAUUGUGAUAUGUAUUGCAAUGAUCCAUCCUCGGCCAAACAAGCCAUGUGUUUCUUUCUUGAUCCUGAAACCUCUAAAUAUAUUGCAUUUGUUCAAUUCCCACAAAUGUUUCACAACCUUAGCAAAAAAGACAUCUAUGAUAAUCAAUCUAGGACUGCUUUUAAGACAAUGUGGCAAGGCAUGGAUGGACUAAGAGGUCCAGGUCUUUCUGGCAGUGGCAAUUACUUGAAUAGAAGUGCAUUACUAUUUGGAAGCCCAAACCAAAAAGAUGACUAUCUGCUUGAUGCCCAAAACUACUUUGGCAAGUCUACCAUGUACAUAGAAUCAAUGAAGGCCAUUCGUGGACAGCAAACUACCAAAAAGAAUAUCUCAAGAGAUGCAAUCAUACGAGAAGCUCAAGUAGUGGCCUCUUGUAACUACGAGACAAACACAAAUUGGGGUACAGAGGUAGGAUUCUCAUAUGGCAUCUUACUAGAGAGUACCAUUACUGGCUAUCUUUUGCACUGCAGAGGAUGGAAAUCAGCUUAUCUUUACCCAAAAACACCAUGUUUCUUAGGUUGUGCCCCAACUGACAUCAAGGAAGGCAUGCUUCAGUUGGUGAAGUGGUUGUCUGAACUUUGCUUGCUUGGAGUCUCCAAAUACAGCCCUUUCACUUAUGGGUUUUCAAGAAUGUCCAUUAUGCAUACCUUCACUUAUUGUUUCAUGUCAAUUUCAUCCCUAUAUGCUAUUGGCUUCAUCCUUUAUGGCAUUGUACCUCAAGUAUGCUUCUUGAAAGGAAUUCCUGUGUUUCCAAAGGUCACAGACCCUUGGUUUGCAGUGUUUGCAAUAUUGCAUGUAUCCACCCAGAUUCAACAUUUGAUUGAGGUCCUUUCUGGCGAUGGCUCUGUUACAAUGUGGUGGGAUGAACAAAGAAUUUGGAUUCUGAAGUCAGUCACUAGCUUAUUCGCAAUUAUAGAUGGAAUCAAGAAAUGGUUGGGGUUGAACAAGGUGAAGUUCAGCUUGUCAAACAAAGCCCUUGACAAAGAGAAGCUAAAGAAAUAUGAGCAAGGUAGGUUCGAUUUCCAAGGUGCAGCUCUGUUCAUGUCUCCAUUGGUCGUAUUGCUAGUAGUGAACAUUGUUUGUUUCUUCGGGGGUUUAUGGAGACUAUUCAAUGUGAAAAAUUUUGAAGAUAUGUUUGGUCAACUUUUACUACUCAGCUAUGUAAUGGUUCUAAGUUAUCCCAUUCUUGUUGGGAUAAUCACUAUGAAAAGCAAGAGCGGGUAG